AUGACCCCGACGCGCCUGAAAUCGGGUUCUCGCACAGGUUGGCUUUUUAAUUAUCACUCCACUACAGAGGUUGUUGAGAUUGAAAGGCGUGUUGAAGAGGAAGGUACUAACCGUGCUGCACUAGUACUGCUUUUCCAGGAUCAUGCGGGGGAUACCUUCUCUGUGAAUCUCCAUUAUAACCCUUACAUUAUGCUACUCCCUGUUGAAGGGCAUGAGCGUGAUGUGGAGCUUGGUUUGAUGGCGAAGUUCGGUCCACAGCUUAUUCAUCGUAUUGAAAUAGUUGAGAAGGAGGAUCUAGACCUUAUAAACCACCUGAGCGGACGGAGACGUCUUUACAUGAAGGUGGUGUUCCAAAACGUGCAGGAUCUCACUACCGUUCGCAGCCACUUAAGCCAUAUAGUCCAACGCAACAACGCCAUCUCCUCCGACGACGCGUCCCUUUGGAAGAACUUUAGCAACGUCUCGCUCCGAGAGGCCAUGGCGAAACCUUUUGAGGAGGAUCUUUUUAACGCCGGCCCUGAUCGCUGGACGGAAUGGGUGCAAGAUAUGCGCGAGUACGACGUGAAGUAUUACAUGCGUGUUGCGAUUGAUAUGAAGGUGUUUUGUGGGUUGUGGUAUGACGUCACGGUAACCGAUGGCGAGACGAGCCUCGUGCGUUGCGAUGAUAGCAAGUACGCGCCGGCCAUGCCGCGGGUGGUUGCUUUUGAUAUCGAGACAACCAAGGCCCCGUUGCGUUUUCCACAACCGGAGGUGGAUCAGAUCUACAUGAUAUCCUACAUCUUGGAUGGACGCGGUUACUUAAUUGUGAACCGUGAGAUCGUGACGGAGGAUAUCCACCCAUUCGAGUACACCCCACGGCCGGAGUAUGAAGGGCACUUUGAAACUUUCAAUGAGCCGGACGAGGCCGGCGUUUUGCGUCGGUUCUUCUCCGAAAUGAACAUAUACCAGCCAAACGUGUACGUCACGUAUAAUGGGGACUACUUUGACUUUCCCUUCAUCCAUGCACGCGCGCUUUUUCAUCGGAUGAACAUGCGCAAGGAGAUCGGCUUCUCACAAGGGGCCGACGGCGCCUUCCUGAACCAGCAGAUCCCUCACCUGGAUUGCUUCUACUGGGUGAAACGUGAUUCGUACUUGCCGCAGGGAAGCCAAGGCCUGAAGGCCGUCACGAGAGCAAAGCUCGGCUUCGACCCUAUUGAAGUAGAUCCUGAGGAUAUGUUGCCACUCGCGCAAACGCAGCCACAGCGUAUGGCCUCGUACUCCGUCUCGGAUGCCGUGUCGACCUGGUAUCUUUAUCAAAAGUAUAUUCAUCCUUUUAUUUAUUCGUUAGCCACGAUCAUCCCUAUGCCCCCGGAUGACGUGCUCCGCAAAGGCUCUGGUGGAUUGUGUGAGGCGUUACUCAUGGUGAAAGCGGAGGCCAAUAAUGUUAUCUUCCCUAAUAAAAAGGAGAUGCAACGGGAGCAGUUCUAUGACGGGCACCUAAUCGACACCGAGACGUACAUUGGUGGUCGAGUCGAAGCUCUUCGUAGUGGCGUCUAUCGCGCCGAUUUGCCCCUUGCUUUUAAUCUGAACUCCGCAACCUAUCAGAACCUCAUAAACGACCUGGACGAUACGCUUCGUUUUACCCUGGAAAAUGAAAACCACGUGAAGGUGGAGGAGGUAACCAAUAUGGAGGAGGUGCGAGCGCAGGUUAUCGCCGCGCUAACCCAUCUCCGUGACCACCCCAAGCAGCAGGAGAAACCCGUUAUCUAUCACUUGGAUGUGGGCGCCAUGUACCCAAACGUGAUUCUCACCAAUCGCCUCCAGCCCUACUCCAUCCCAAGCCCGGAUGUCUGCGCGGGCUGCUGCUUCAACUCCCCUAAUAACGAGUACGGCUGCAAACGAGUGAUGUCGUGGAAGUGGCGUGGCGAACUCUUCACCGCCGGCCGCUACGAGUUUCAACGAGUUAAAGCGCAGCUCGAGAAUGAGUCCUUUGCUGCCGCGGCUAUUGAGCAGGCCAAUCUCUCCGCGGUGCAGAAAAAGACGUACGGCAACCGAAAGGGCAACGUGUUGGAGGGAACGGCGUACGAACAACGAUCCGACUGGAGGCAACGCAGGGACGGAGAGCGCGGGCAGCCGUUCGGCGCCGGAGGUUAUCGCAAAGGCACCAAACUCCAACAGCGCGAGGCGGCUGAGGCUUUUCUGCCGAAGGAAACCACUUCCGGCAAAUCCAAAGGGGAUGGCGCCGACGCGGACAGUGACCAUCCCGGUGACGAUUCCGACGAGGAGGGCGGCGGCAAUGGCCUAAAGUCUUAUCAGAAGCUUAGCGAAAACACGCAGUUCAGCAUUUUAAAGAAGCGAAUGGCGGAAUACAGCCGAAAAGCGUACGGUAAGAUUCACGAGACGCGUGAGAUUGUGCGCACAAAUGUUGUCUGUCAGCGGGAGAAUUCCUUUUAUGUGGACACUGUGCGGCAAUUCCGAGAUCGGCGCUACGAGUACAAGGCCGCCCUAAAAACGUGGAAAAAAAAGCUAGAGGCCGCCAAGAGCCCCGAUGAGGUGAAGCUUUGUCAGAGCCGCUGCAUCCAGAUGGAAUCUCUACAGCUUGCCCACAAGUGUAUUUUGAACUCCUUCUACGGUUAUGUGAUGCGGAAAGGGAGCAGGUGGUAUAGCAUUGAAAUGGCAGGCAUCGUGACGUACUGCGGGGCCUCACUGAUUCAGAUGGCCCGAGCCUUCAUGCAGGAGAUUGGCAUCACGCUGGAGCUCGAUACGGAUGGGAUUUGGUGCUGUCUCCCCUGCACUUUCCCGCAGAACUUCGUCUUCACCACGUCGAACCCGCAGAAACCGAGGGUUGCCGUGUCGUACCUCUGCGCCUUGUUCAACAAGAUGGUCGGCGACCGCUACAGCAAUGACCAGUACCAGGCUCUCGUGCGUCCUGGCGUGUAUGAAACGCGUAAGGAGUGCACGAUCUAUUUUGAACUCGAUGGUCCGUACCAUGCGAUGUUGCUGCCGGCAAGUCGGGAGGAGGGCAAGAGUAUCAAAAAGCGUUAUGCGGUGUUUAACUCCGAUGGCCAGAUCGCGGAGCUGAAAGGGUUUGAGCUGAAGCGGCGUGGCGAACUAAUGCUUAUUAAGGACUUUCAGUCGCAGGUGUUCAGCCGCUUUCUGGAUGGCGACAGCUUGCAAGGGGCGUACGCCGCCGCGGCGGCGGUGGCCAAUGUUGCCUUGGACAUGCUCGAAUCUAAAGGGGAGGGCUACGAGGUGGAGGAAAUUUUGGAGAAGAUUACGGAGAGCAGCAACAUGACUCGACGGCUAUCCGAGUACCCCGAGAACCAGAAAUCGCUCGCUAUCACCACGGCGCGCCGCAUCGCGGAGUUCCUCGGGCCGCAGAUGGUCAAGGACAAGGGUCUCGCCUGCCAGUUUAUCAUCUCGCGUCUUCCUAUCAGCCGCUCCGUAACCGAGCGCGCGAUUCCGGUAACCAUCUUCCGCGCGGAGCCCGCGGUGCGCACACAUUUCCUGCGAAAGUGGACUGGUGAUGCGUCGCUGCCCUCGGAAAUCGACCUCAGAAGCUUGCUGGAUUGGGAAUACUACACUACACGGUUUAACGCGUGCGUGCAGAAGAUCAUCACGAUCCCGGCGGCGCUGCAGUUCAUCCCCAACCCAGUGCCGCGUGUACCCCAUCCGGAUUGGUUGCAGAAACGGGUGAGGCAGCAGGACUCCCGCUUUCGUCAGCUUUCGCUGAGUGGUCUGUUUGACAAGAAGGGGUCCAAUGAGAAGCUGAAAAGCAUGCGCAACAAUAGCCACAAUGAAGAAGACGAUGGUGAAGGGGAAGCUGGCCUUAUAACCGAAGAUGCACCUUCCGAGGCAGGGCUUAAGGUGACGGUGGAAUUGCAAGAUGUUGAGGACCUGGCGGGGCGCGCAAAUGGAAAAUCCAAGUCCAAGGGCUCAACAUCGGCGACUCGAAAACAGGAGCACAUCGUCGGGGAUAGUGACUGGGAAGACGAAGAUGGUGAUGGCUCGUGUAUCAGCUCCGAGGAUGAUCUCGAGCGCAUCAGGCGUGAACAGGAAGCUCUUGAAGAAGUUGCCGUGCAGACUCUGAAGGAAAAGUAUUUCUCACCCAAAAGCUCAAAGAUUAUAGAUACGUCGUUUUUCACUGACCCUGGGAUGCCUGCAUGGCUCAAAGCCCAAAAACAGGCCUGGGUUCACCGUGCGCGACUGCGCAAGGAGCUCAUGCAGCAGGGUGACGAAGCCGCGGCACAAUUCUCGCUUGAUACCGCCCAGCGGACUCGCAUGGGGCAUUUUAUCGAUCUCAAAUCGCGUGCGCUUUCCACUAUGUGGAAUGUCUUAGAAGUCCGCGAGCAGCCGGAUGAUCAGGAUACGGUGCUAGUCUUGGCCGCCCUGGGAAGCAUUCUCUGCACGUUUCGCGUCCAAGUGCCCCGUCGCGUGAUCGUUGACAUGGAUCCUCGCGCGCCGCCGUUAUCCUACGAGGAUGGGUCGGUGGUCGAGGUGUCCAACCGCAUCUUACCUCGGAAUCGCCCGAGAGGACGGCAAUACCAAGUGACCUUGCAACCCGGCCCCGCCGGCGAGAGACGACUCAACGAGAUCAGCAUCACGGAAGGCGUCCGACAACUCUACGAGGCCCACAUCACCCGAGUGGAUCAUUUGAUCGAAACCCUAGGGUGCUGCGCCGACGUGGAUACGGCGCUUUAUCUCGAGAACGCCAAAACCCGCCCCCCUUCCCAACGCGACGUCUUCCGGCUGGAGGAGCUCACCAUGUCUAGCAGCACGCGGUAUCUCGACAAGUUGAUGGAGCGGGUGGUUUUCAUCUUUCACGUCGCGGCGGACACCCGUGGGGUGUUGGCGUUUGUGAACCCGCAGAGCGGCGUCGCGACGGUGGUGUUUGUGCAGCCCGCGGCCGCGGCCCCCCCUUCCGUGAACUGGACGGCCCUCCGUGAGGAAGCGAUGAAGCACAUGGGGCUGCCGGCGAAGGGGGAGUUAAGCAUUCAUACGGAGACCGUCUCAGAUAUUGCUAGCGGGUGGCGUGUGGUGCAUCAGGCCCUUUCAGAGGCGAUUGAGAGCCCUGGGAAGUCGCCGGUGCUUGCCGUUUUGGAGAGCUCGCAAAGCACCAGCCAGCUGCUGCUUCAGCGCGCGUUACCCGCGAACGUGCCGUACCUUAGGCUGAUGGGGGCCUCCGAGGACGAAAAGCUUUUCACGGAUCCCUUUCGCUGGGCACGUCUGCUGGGUCGACGCAUGCUGCAUCGGUACUACGCGUCUACGCUGUGGGUGGAGCAGCGCGUCGCGCUGAGCCGCAUAUCCGGGAUUCCGGUGUGUAACUUGGCGCAGGAUAGCUGUGUGCAUGUGCUUGAUGUCCUCUACACACGCGCACUCCAUCGCCGCUCACAUGUCAUGUGGUGCAGCUCUGAUCCCUCUAUUGCCUUCGAUACCAUUGAGGAGCGAUCCCGCGAGGUGGUUAUGCCUGGUGGCUACACCUCGUGGUGUGUCGAGUUCAGCCUCUCGAGGCUAGAUAUGGCGGCAAUUCUUUUCUCACAGAUGAUACAGGAAGGCAUUGACCCCAGCACGCAGGCGUUGUGUGAUAAAGGUGUCUCUUCACACUUUAACAUUCUCAGAGAUCUAGUCGCCGAUGUGCUCAGUCAGGCGGUGCAUAACAGUAUCGCGGAUAAUCUCUUGAGUAACGUUACUCGAUGGAUUCGUGAUCCGGUAUCGGCGUGUUAUGAGCCACGCUUGGUCGAGACCCUCAACAAUCUCUCCCAUCGCGCGCUGACGAUGGUGCUGUUGCGGCUCGCUAAACUUGGUGGGCGCACCGUCCGGGUAGACAGCGCCUCGAUUACUAUUGUAACACCGAAGUACUCGAUUCAGGAGGCCGCCAGCUUCGCUCGCUUCGUUACCAACUCGUUGCAUGACCAGCCCAUGCUAGUGCUGUUGGCGCUGCAGCCAGUACGCUACUGGCAUCAAUUGGUCUUGUUAAACAAACGCGACUUUGCCGGACUCUACGUAGACGCUACGAAUGAUGAGGUCUUUCGUCUGGAAGAUACCCAAUCUCUAUCAGAAGAACCGCAUAAGGGCUCGUCGCUCCUGCAGCAUCUCAAACUAGAGCAAACGUACAUGAUCCACGGCCGUCUGCCGCAGAAUCUAAAGCGUCGUAUGGAGGAGUGUCUAGGCAGCCUUUUUUGGCGCCUUGCAAGUAUUAUGGAACAGGUAAAGUCCGAUCUCCGCAGCGAAACCACCGUAGCCCUCGUCACCCGAGGCGAGGAUAUCCAUGCCCGUCUUGUUCGUCGCUUCCAAAAGUUCUUUGAGGCUGAAGUUCAACCGGAGCUGAUCGCUGAGGUCGACGCGGUGCGCGAGUCGCGAGAGUUAUACACCGAGGAGGAACGCGAGGCCGCAGCCUCUGGUACGGCUGGGGGUCUCUCUCUAGGAAGUCCUGCCCUGUACUCUAGUGAGAUGCUCGCGCUGGAGUACGCGAAGUAUGUGUGCUGUGUCCUGGAGCACAUCCCUUGUCACGAUGUGGUGUCUAAGAUGCGAAACAACUGUCUGCGGUUGUGCAAUGUGAGCCCCUUCUCACCACAGGCCUUCUUAGAAGUGGAUCCGCUGAGCUUCAUCCGCAUUCAAAGCAUCACGUGCAGCUUCUGUAACGCGUACGUGUCUAUUGACUUGUGCGGGAAGCCCAAGGCUGGUGUCAUUACGUGCCCAGGAUGUCAUACCGCCAUCGCGGCCUCUGGGUUAGAGGCAAGGCUUGUUCGGGAGGUGAACCAAAUGUUGAUGCAGUACGUUCAGCAAGAUUUCGUCUGUCUUAGAUGCAAGGAAAUGGCAACGACUUACUUGUGUGAUAAUUGUUGUGGCCCUUUGGUUGGUAAGGAAAAGAGCAUCCUGAAUUACCUCAAGGCGCUGAAGGUGAUUGCAAACCUACGAGGAUUCACUUUGCUGGAUGAAAUUCUGGACGCUGCCAUAAUGGCCACCUAG